ACGUGCUGCGCGAGAUCGUCCGCGGCGGGCACGAGCUGGCGAACCACGGCAUGCGCGACGAGCCGGCGCGCGGGCUGGGCACGGCCGAGCUGGAGCGCCAGCUGAGGGAGGUGCAGGGCUUGAUUGAGCAGGCGUAUCGAGCCGAGGGGCGGGAGCCGCCGCCGCCGGGGACGGCAGGGCGCGGGAGGCGGUAUUAUCGGCCCGGGUCCGGGUUCUUCAGCAGUCGCAUCCGCGGGGUGGCGAGGCGGCUUGGGUACAGGGUGGUGCUCGGGAGCAUCUACCCGCACGAUGCGCAGAUUGGGUGGGCGUGGGUGAAUGCGAGGCAUAUCCUGAGUAUGCUGAGUCCCGGCGGGAUUAUCAUCUGUCAUGAUCGGAGGAGCUGGACGGAGCCCAUGUUGAGGCGGGUGCUGCCGGAGAUGAAGAAGAGAGGGUAUCGAGCGGUGACGCUGUCGGAGUUGUUGGCGGAGGUUACUGGUUGAGGCCGGGGGGUUCUAUGAAUACGGAGAAUUCGUU